CCCCUUUUCCUCCAAAAGAAGACCCAAAAAGUAAACACAAAUCUUGGUGGUAGUAGCCAGCCUGAAGCAUGCUUGAAGACGGAAUCUAGUGGUUCAUAAGUUGUAAUUUGGUCGUGCUGGGAGACGUAUACAUCUUAUAUUUGUGCCAACAGCAUGAAAGAGGACAUGGAGAUGUUGUGUUUUCGCUUGCCUGGUCAUGGGGACACAACCCUGAAGCACAUGGACUCGCUGAGAUCCCGGCAGCACUUCUGUGACAUCACAAUCAUCUCCAGCGACAACCAGAUCUUUAAAGGGCAUAAAGUUGUCCUUGCUGCCUGCUCGCCCUAUCUGAGAGACCAGUUUCUCCUCAACCCCUCACCCAAACUCCAGGUGUCCAUGUUGUACAGCUCCUCUGUGGUGGUGGACCUGCUCCUGUCCUGUUACACUGGGGUCCUUCAGUUUAACUCCAAAGAGAUCGUGAAUUAUCUGACCGCUGCCAGCUACUUGCAGAUGGAGCACAUCGUGGAGCGCUGCCGAGGAGCACUGAAGAAGUACAUUCAACUCAACAACCUCACCUCCCUGGGGACUGACGAGGAGGGUCAGGCAAGUCCAGUCAUUGUCACCGGCAGUGUGCAUUCAGUCACAGCCAGACCCUCCCCAAAACAACCUUUGACUCCUGAGGUUUAUGACAACAGCCAAUCAGCUCACGGUAGCAUACAGCUCCGGAGUGAGAGCCCCUCAGUGGACAAUGCCUGUAUAGAGGUAAAUGAGUCGGACGAGGAGGUCACCAUCAAACAGGAAGACAAUGAAGUUUAUAAAGUGUACAUCCCAGAAGAGGAGAGGGCCCAUAGAGAAGCAAUGGAGAAAGAAGCACAAUCUGAAAUGUCCCAGAUCAUGAUUGGAGAGGGAGGCGACUACGAACUGCGACCGUCUGAGGAGCAACCCGGAGGCAGCAUUGAUACAGUGGAGAGUUUAAGAGCUGCAUUCAAGCACAGACUGAGUGACUUCAGGCAGAGUAAGGGGCGUGGCCGAGGGAUAAAGAGGAGGAAAUGGAGACUGUCCGAAGCUCGACAGGAGACAUGGUAUGUCACCAACUCCGGGGUGGGACUGGCACUGGGGUCCGAAUAUAACCAGGACACAAUCAAACCAGGGAGCUACAUCUCUGUCGAACUUCCGCAGUUAGAUUACAACAUGGGGGAAGGUGACAAGCAGGUAGCACAGCUUGCAUUGGAGGAGGCUGGAGGUGGAGAGGGGGGUUCUGGCUUAGAGGUGCAGCCCAGCGAAGGAGCAGGAGGAGGGGAUGAGUCUGUGGCCGUGGUUGGCUCGACAUCCAGCAAUGGUCCCGGUCCAGUUAUAUGUGAUUACUGCGGUUUAGCGUUCCCAUCCGCAAAUAUUCUAGCGUUGCAUUGUCGCACUUCUCACAUGCUGUACGCCUGUCCGUGUUGCGGCAAAAAGUUCCACCAUUCAGCCAAUUUGAGUCGUCACAUGGCGGUCCACAGAACAGGUGGGAAGUCCCACCCGUGCCCACUCUGCUGCAAGAGCUUCACCCAAAAGUCCACCUUAAUAGAUCACAUGAAUCUGCACAGCGGAGAGAAGCCCCAUCGCUGCGCCUACUGCCACGCGCGCUUCGCACACAAACCAGCGUUACGGCGCCACCUUAAGGAGCAGCACGGGAAAACAACAGGGCAGAAUUCACUGGAGCAACAGGAGAGGGACAGAAUAGAAGCGCAGCAAGGCAUUGAGCAACACUAGUGAACUCAGAUGUGUAUUCCUAAACUGUAUUACUAUUCUAAUGUGGUGCUCCAGGAUACAUAUGGAUAGCUUAUUUAGAUAAUAAAAUAGUCUGGACAUGUAGUUUGUUGGGGCAGACUUGUUGCUGUGAACUAGGUCAGAUUUGUCAAUCUAAAGAACUGUUGUCACAAUUUCAAAGUUGCUUUUAAUACAAAGGUGAAAGGUUUUAUAAGGCUCUCUACCAGGGGUCUCCAACCUUUUUCCUCCGGUGAGCUCCUUUACAAAUCAGAAAUGCCAGAGAGCUUCUAAUUUAAGCAGUCGCAAAGACAUUGAGUAAACAUAAGAGCAAGCCUUAGAACAGUUAGAUGUCUAUGAAACAUAAACCAUUAUCCAUUUAUUAGUGCACAGUAAGGCAUCAAAAUGGUACAUUUACAAUGGUAAUUCAUUAACUUUUACUUAUUCAGCACAAUACACAGAAUUCAGAUAUCCUUUGGCAAGCUACUUGGAAGGGGAUGGAGAGCUACUGGUAGCUCCUGAGCUACAGGUUGGAGACCCCUGCUCUAUACCAAUUUCAACACCACAAUAAUAACAAAAAAAAAAUACAAUUUUGAACAACAAAACAACAAACUAAUACGAGUUUCUUUACUAUUGUAUUCUAGUCUACUAAUUCUGACACAGACCGUUCUAAAAUUAAUCAGGAAAGUUACGAAUUUGUCCUAUUAUGUUUUGAUACUUGUUUUAUUAUCAGUUAUUAUCUGCACAUUAUUUUUUAAAACCCAAAUCCAAACUGGUUGCUAAGUAUUCAUAAUGUGCCCAUGCUAACAAGUUUUGAAGAAUGAGUCAAUUGCAAAAAUUAACAUUUUACUUUCAUAUUUAUUCUUGACAUCACGCUGAAGGUGUUCUACAUGUAUCUCUAUGGUGGAAUGUUCAGGGGUCACCAUGGUGAUACAAGAGACACAUUGGCAAACACUGUCAAAAAGUUUUAAGUUUUAAAAAACACAUUUUCUGGAGCCUGCGAUCAAUAUGACCAUUCAUGCUCCCGUUUAGAGGUUUGAUUAUCAACAAAAAAGGUGAAAGUGACUAGUUAUCUUAUGACUGUAAUUUUAUGUGUUUUAUGUGAGAUUUGUUUAAGAGCACAAAUCAACUCACUUAUUGUAUUUCCAGCUAAGUUGGUUCUUUAUGGUCAGAUUGUGUUAAAACAAAGAUCAAAUUCAAGUCAAAACCUCAAAUAGAGCAGUGCCUACAGUUAGCAUCACAUUCCCCGGGAAUGUUCAUGACAACAGUUGCAAAGUAUAACUCGUAUACCUAGCCUUAAUAAAGACUGCUAUAGGUUAAUGAGACAUUCAGUCAUAGUUUAGAUUAAAAGCAACAACAUGAAGUGAAAGUUUAAAAAUUCAGCUAUCCAUUAGUAUCUCUGACCACCAUUUUAAGAAAUUGCUUUUAAGAUGUGUUUUUUUACUCAAAGUUGAUAAAAAUUGUGUUAUAAAUUGUAAUAUUUUAAUUGCAGAAUGCUAUAUGGAUUUUUCUUAAGAGUCAUGGGGAAAGUGGACCAAAUUAUCUGAAAAAGGAGAUUUAAUCCAGUAAUAAACUAAUACUGUGUUUGAAAAUAUAAUUACUGAUAUUAAAAAAGUACAAAAUUUUUUCUUUUUCAGUUUUAUUAAAUCUUGUGCUGUGUCCAAAAUAUUAACCUGUAACGCUCCAGAGGUACAGAACUGUUACCAUUCAAGGGACGUUUGAUAACGCUGUGAGAAUGCUGCAUAGUGGCCUUAUUUUUUAAUUUAUUUUAUCUAUUAACAUUUUUUUCCCAAAUGUGUCACAGUUUGUAAUAGAGAAAUACUACUGUGACCCUGUAUUUAUUCACAUAAUAGUUGUAGUUUUGGUUGGGUUGGUUACUAAAUGUGUGGGUUCAUGGCAAACAUUAAAUUACUCAAAAUGGUGAUGUGAUAGUAAGUAGACUGAAGUGUUAACGUUGGCCAUUUGGUUGCGAUGUUUAAAUUGGGUCCCAUUUGACAGUUAAUAAUGAGGACGUCCAACAGAAACUUGUGAUCUCACAAUUAAUCUUCAACUAUUACUGAAACUAAAAUUAUUUGUUACAAUUAAAUGUACUGUGUGAUGUCAUACUGUUGUAGAAAGAGCACAUUUUUAAUAAAUAUAAUCAAUUAUG